AUGGUUCAUGUUCACGAUGAAGUAUUGGGACUAAAAAGCUCAGAGCAGGCUACAUUGCGGCCUGCACCAACCGGACUGGAGGAUAGAGGGGUCUUGCAAGAUGCUGUAAGAGACUUGAUAACGUCCUACCAUGACCUCAAUCCAUCAACGAUCGACACGCUCACCUCCGAACCAUCACCAUUACAAUUCAUGCGCCAUGUCGCGCGUAACCGGCCAUUUGUUGUCCGGAACGGAGCUAGAGACUUCAAAGCAAGAAAGAUAUGGAAUUCAGCAUACCUGAAAGAUGUCAUGCGUGGUCAAAAUGUCAACGUAGCAAUCACACCUCACGGGAACGCCGACUCAGUCGUCUCGCUACCAUUAGGUGGCUCAGUGUUCGUCAAGCCAUACGAGACCGAGGAACCCUUCCAAGAAGUUCUAGAGAAGAUUCAACGGCAAGAGCGGGAGGAAGACUAUAAAGGCCCAACACACUAUGCGCAAACCCAGAACGACAAUCUCCGCAAUGAGUACUCCACGCUUUUCGCCGAUGUGCCCAAAAGCAUACCUUUCGCGCGAAUAGCACUAGAGCAGGAACCCGACGCAAUCAACUUCUGGCUCGGAAAUUCCUACUCGACGACUGCCCUACACAAGGAUAACUACGAGAAUAUCUACGUUCAGAUCCUGGGUCAAAAGCAUUUUGUUCUCUUACCACCGGUGGAAGCGGCUUGUGUCAAUGAGAAGAGUGUCCUGGCUUCUACGUAUACUCUGAAGCGCAACGGAGAUUCACCUUCUGACACGUUCGAAAAAAAAGAUAUGGUGAUCAAGGUAGAUGAGCCGGAGGAAUACGUACCUUUCGCAACAUGGGAUCCUGACCAGCGCACCAUCAACACUACGCCCUACUCUCAAUACUCGCAGCCACUCAGAGUAACACUAGAAGAAGGCGAUAUGCUAUACUUGCCGGCACUAUGGUACCACAAGGUAAGCCAGAGCUGCAACGAAGAAGGAAUCUGCUGCGCGGUAAACUAUUGGUAUGACCUUGAAUUCGGCGGCGGAUUCUGGAGUACCGCAAAUUUUGUUAGGAGCACCGGAUUACUGAGCAUGCAAGGAAAUGCGGAUGAUGGAAUUAGAGGCGGAGACGACUGA